GCAUGAUCCGGAUUUCCCGUCAGCCAAUCAGAAAUGUUUAUCGGUGUGAUGUAUUUUACUGGUUGCAUGAGCGAUUUUACCCGCGUUUGGUACGUUCUCACAAUCCCUGGAUCUGCAGAAUACCCAUGAAUCCGUUUCGUUGCGUACGAGGCGUGGCUAGCUGUUCGUACGAUCGAUCCAUCACACGUCGCACAUUCACUAAAUUACCAUAAUCAUGUUGCUGUUGGAAGCUGACCGAUACCUUGUCUGGUACCUCACUUUGUCAUUCUCUAGCAGGUCGCCGCGGGUUGGGAGCAACUUGCCUGAGCCCUGACGAUACCCCUUACGUCGAUCUACAAAGGUUUUAUUUUUCUUCUGAAUAUCAUUUUUCGAGAGAUCUUGGAUGCUAGAAGGCGUUGCGUGUAAGCACUGUAUACCAUUAUUCGGUUAUGUCAAGGUUCCUCCUUUCUCUUUCAUCUCAUGUUUAUUGCCUUUGAAUGGACGCCAUUUUUGGCUUUUCGUUCAAACACUAUCAGUUAUGGAUGUUGAUCCUCUCAUUCUUGCUGUAUUUGGACCACCGCCAGACGGCAUCAAUCUCAACGAAAACCAAAGAUUCGGACACGAUGUAUCAGUAGUUGUGCUUCUGGUUAUCGCUACCGUCGGUGUUGCGCUACGUUUAGCAGCCCGGAUUGUUCAGAAGUCGGGGCUGAAAGCUGAUGAUUAUGCCAUAAUUGUAGCUUUGAUGUUAGGAUUUGGUACGGGCGGAUUGAGUAUAGCUGGCGGUAAUUUUGCUGCAGGAAGACAUAUCUGGGCUACCAAAAUGGAUGACUUUGUCACUAUGAUGAAGAUUCUAUACAGCUACACCUAUAUCUACGCAGCCGCUGUGGCUACCACGAAGGUCUCGAUUCUCCUUUUCUACCGUCGAAUAUUUGGGUUUGAAGGCAAGGUUUGGCGAAUUAGCUUGACGACCGGCGCUGUUUUUACCGCCAGUUAUCCUCUGAUUAUUUGGCUUACCAUGGCGAGUUGUUGCAAACCAGUGUCUCAUUUCUGGAGCCGAUUCGUUGGUUCUUCAGGAACCUGCAUCGAUAUAAAUACGUUCUUCCUCGCGCUUGGCAUCAUCAACAUGUUGAUUGAUAUUAUUGUCUUAGUAAUCCCAAUUCCCAAGAUUCUAGCCCUGAACAUGACUCCAAAUAAGAAGCUGGGAAUUUGUGGCAUCUUCCUUUUGGGCAGCUUUGUUUGUGUGGCUAGCUUGGUGCGUAUCACCGCCUUGGCCGACUUCAUGAAGGCCGUCGAUGUAACUUGGCACAUGGGCCCCGUGUUCAUUUGGUCGUCGGUCGAACCAUCAAUCGGGAUCUUGUCGGCAUGUUUACCAAGCUUGAAACCGUUGUGGCGUCAUAUUCGGGCAAAAGUCACAUCAUACCAUAGCAGCAAUAGCCAGGGCGGGCCUAAAUCUUCAAGCAUACAAAGUGCCGGCCGUGUACCCUUCGGGCAAAAGAGCACACGCUCGCGGGGAUUCAUGAAAAUGCGACUGACUAGGGAGGAGGACGAAAUCAGUCUCACGAACGUGGCAGUUGGCGGUCCUGCGGGACAGGGGGUUGCCCAGAAUGGAAUUUUUGUACACAGUAAUUUUGAGCAAAGGAGCACACCGCGGACUGGCUAACAUUCUUUGAGCUUCUAUAGAUGCAACAAGAGGCUUGGCAGCCUUUCCAUCAAGUUUAUGAUCUGCCUACAGUUAUGCGACUAGAGUUUAGGCAGAUGGUUAGAGCCAGCCCGUGGCGCACUCUGUUCACAAUACACCAAAUACAGCAGACGGUACAGUGAUUUACGUCUAGUAUCUCAACUAUUCAUGUACGCAAUCUCCAAGCAUAGGUAUCCGAUUAGAAGCUUGCUUUGCCUACUGUGGUCGCGGAGGUCAUAGUAUUUUCCAGCCGCUAAACGAACAUACAUGACGUGCAAUGCCUGACUCUGCGGACUAACGAGCUUUCUUAGAAGGGUUUUGCUGCAUUCUCAGGUGCCACGUGCUCAAAUAAGGAGAGAGGGGUGUGAUGCAGAUGGUGUAAGUGCUUUUCUUAUAGUUGAGACAAACUCAAAAUUGUGUUUUUCCAGUGACCC